GUACAACAAGUGAAAGUGUCCCGAGUGCCGCAUAAAAUAUUUCGAGGAAUACAGCUAAAUAUCCCUAAAUUUAGAUCCUUCAAGUGGCCUUCGAGGCGCGAGUUCCUUUCCACGCGGUUUCAAGCGACUCCACCAGGAUGCCGAGCUCACGACGUGCGAUCCUGAGGCACAUACUGUCGGGGAUUUGCACCAAGAUGAACCGCACCAAGUCGGUGCCCACUGACGUCAUGGAGACGCCGCUGAACCGAUGCCUCAACACCUUCGACAUCGCUCUUUUGGGCAUUGGCCAUAUGGUUGGCGCUGGCAUCUACGUGCUGACUGGCACUGUGGCCAAGGAAAUGGCCGGACCCGGGAUCAUAUUAUCCUUCAUCCUAGCCGGAUUUAUAUCGAUGCUGGCCGCCCUGUGCUACGCGGAGUUCGGAACUCGAGUGCCCAAGGCGGGAUCGGCCUAUGUGUACACGUACAUAUCGAUGGGUGAGUUCUGGGCCUUCGUCAUCGGCUGGAAUAUCCUGCUGGAGCACAUGCUUGGAGCAGCUUCGGUGGCCAGGGCCUGGAGUGGAUACGUGGACUCAAUGCUGGGCGGUUGGAUUGGGAACACAACGCUGGAGCUCACGGGUGGCAUCCAUGAGCCCGGAUUGGCCCAAUACCCCGAUAUCUUGGCCUUCCUGGUCUGCAUUGUUUAUGCGGCUGCUCUGGCCGGAGGAGUGAAGGCCACGGCGGUGUUCAACAGUCUACUAACCCUCGUCAAUAUAGCCGUGAUGGUUCUGGUCAUCAGCGUGGGAUUCUGGUAUGCGGAUGGCAAGAAUUGGUCCGAGGCCGAGGGAGGAUUCCUGCCCUACGGCAUUGGAGGUGUCAUUGCCGGUGCCGCCACCUGUUUCUACGCCUUUGUGGGCUUCGAUUCCAUAGCUACUUCCGGUGAGGAGGCCAAAAACCCAUCGGUAUCCAUACCCGUGGCCACUGUGAUCUCUUUGUUCGUGGUGACAGUGGGUUACAUCCUUGUCAGUGCCGCCCUGACCCUCAUGAUUCCCAUCAGUGAGAUCAAUCCGGCUGCGUCAUUGCCGGAGGCAUUUGGGCAAUUAAACCUCUCUUGGGCUAAGUACCUGAUCUCCAUAGGAGCUCUGUGUGGGAUGACCACCACCCUGUUGGGAUCCCUUUUCGCCCUGCCACGCUGCAUGUACGCCAUGGCCUCGGAUGGAUUGCUUUUUAGCUGCUUCGGCAAAAUUAACCCCACUACCCAGGUGCCAUUGCUGAAUCUAGUGGUAUCCGGGGUAAUGAGUGCCUGCCUCGCCUUGGUCUUCGACCUGGCCAAGCUGGUGGAGUUUAUGUCCAUUGGCACUUUGUUGGCCUACACCAUCGUCUCGGCCAGUGUGAUUAUCCUGCGAUAUCGUCCUAUGGAGCGAAUUCAUACCACGAUUAGGGUUCCCGCGGUGGCUGGAAGCCCCGACGACGACGACGAUGAUGACGAGGAUGAGGCGUCCCAGUCCAGCAUGGAUACUUCCUCGCCGACCAGCGAGAUGAUAGAGGAAGUCCUAGCUGGCGGACUAAAGGCCCAGUUCAGGUGCUUGGAACCCCUACUAGGACGUUUCGAACCGGGAUCAGUGGUGUCCGUGGCCGUGAUGCUGUUCAUCUUCCUGAGCUUUGCCAUCUGUGUGGAGCUGAAGGUGUCGUGGACGCAACUCUAUACAGGCACCUGGUGGGCCCUGAUCAUCUACGGAUUCAUCAUUUUCGCAGCCAGCACUUGCGUGGCCGUUAUAGCUGUCCAUAACCAGAACACCCGGGGCCUGAUCUUCAAGGUGCCACUGGUUCCCUUCGUUCCAGCACUCGGCAUCUUUUGUAAUAUCUUGCUGAUGGUUCAUCUGGAUGCCGUGACCUGGGUGCGGUUCUUUGUCUGGGUUUGCAUCGGAAUGGUGGUGUACUUCCUCUACGGGAUCCGCAACAGCAAAGAGGGUGAGGUCUGCUCCUCUUACUCCAUCCUGAUGACCACAUCGGAGGCUGGAAAGGUUCCGUGGGGUUCCUUUAAGGCAACUCCCGGUGGAAAAAAGUCCAGUAAGCAUACCAUCUUCGAGAGAUUCACAGGACGCAGCAAGCCGGAGGACAAGAAAUCCAUUGUAGAGGAAAGUGAAAACGAGACGUCCGGAUAUUCCUAAGUCAAUUCUUACAAUUGGUAUCCAAACCUUAGAUCCGAAUACCGAUCCUAAUUUAAAAACAAAACAUUAUCGGUUAUGGACAGAGAAAAAUAAGAUUGGCGUAGUUUCGGUUUAUUAUUUCUGGGAAAUUCAAUGUAAAUAGAAAUAACUACUUCAUUUGGUUCCUGUCGAAUUCUUUUGAAAAAUGUUAAAAUUAUUUUGGCACAUUUGUUAAAUCAAAGGUUUAGGUUCUUAAUUUAUUGUUCCUUUGAAUCUGAUACGGUUUAAAGUCCUGGUAAAGGUGUACUUAAAGCAUCUCUAUAUAUUAAUCCUUUUCAAAUAUUAUGCAUUCCAAAAACCCAUCGUUGAACGAGACAUAUAAAGGAAAUUUCGAAAUAUAUUAUGGCAAUGUACCUUAUAUUAUAAAUAUAAUAUCAUGGUAUAUUUACAGUGUAUUAUUGCAGACAUUAUAACAGCAUACACACAAAUAGCAUAUUUACUCUGCAAACGUACAAAUAAAUGUAUUAAACGUUAUGCACACAUGGCAUUUGUUAAACCAUAGUAAACCCAUACAUGUCUUUAAAUAACUAUAUAUUUAUAACUGUGUA